AAAUGGCUGGUUUUUAAAAGUUAAAAUUGACUUGAAUGAACGCGUUUCCUCUGGUGGGUGAAUAACAGGAAGACCCAGGAACAAUCAAACUGAAACUGAAAGAUCAGACCUUCAGAUGUAAGACAAGUGUUAUAGAGAGACACAGCACUUCAAAAAGGGGCAAGUGUGAUGAGCCAUCAUGCAAAUAAUAGAGAAGAAAAUGCAGAAGGCGAGCUCGAGGUUAUGUCUCAUCCUCCUAGGAGAGGAGUGGACAGGAAAGAGCUCAGCUGGAAACACCAUGCUGGGACGAAACAGAUUUACAGCUGGUAGCGACACAGAACAUGUGAUGCAGUGCUCUGGGGUCAUCGAGGGGAGAAAUGUAACCAUUGUAGACACUCCAGGAUGGGAUGUUAAAUGCUCUCCAGAUGUACCACUCAAAAUGCUCGAGAAAGCAUAUACUUCUGCCCUGCUGACAUGUCAAAGCUUCCAUGUCUUGCUUUUGACAAUCCCCAUUUCCCAAGACCAGGCAUGGAACCAAAAGUUUGUGCAAAGGAUGUUGAAUGUGCUCAGGCUUUUCAAUGAUGAUAUGUGGAACCACACCAUGCUCCUAUUCACCAGAUCUAACCUUCUGCAUUCCUCAGAGGGAUUGGAGGGAUACCUGAAAGGUAAUGGAAAGCCUUUUCAAAGCUUGGUGGAAAAGUGCAAGCACAGAUACCAUGUAAUCAACAACCAUGCACAGAAUGAUUUUAAGCAAGUCAGGGAGUUGCUGGAAAAGAUUGAGCAGAUGGUGCAAAAAAACAAUGGUCAGACAUUGCAACUAAUCACGAGUGAACAAGAAGUGGGCACACUGCAAGACAACAGAGGGAUGAUAUAUGAAUGCUCCAAGAUGAAGGAACACAAAGAGGUGCAAAAUUGCUUCAGGUUAGAAGACUACAUGUUUAAAUCGCUGAGACCAGAGGAAAAUGAUCCACCAGAUACUACUGAGCAAAAUGAGCUUCAAGGUGAAAACAGAAAUCUGGCCAUGAGCAGGGAAGAUAAUACAGAAAUAAUCAACACAGAAAAGAACACUUCUCAAAUCUCAUGGGACUUAAGCAUUACUUGUGACUUUUAUACUUGUGAUGAUGUCUCCAAUCCACAAAGUAUCAUGAUGACUUGUGUUCUUCAGAUUUCAGUUGGCUGGAGAAAACUAAAACCAUCAUGUCAGAUAUCCUGGGUGUCUUUCACAGUGUGUGGUGAUGAUAUUGCCUGGCUUUUUAUUAUUGUUUUGUACCUGCUGGUGAGCUCUUUAUCUCUUAUUUAUAAAACAUGUGAAGGAUCCAAUGAUACUCGUCAUGAGGCCAGGAAAACACUGUUGACUCAAUUUGGUAAACAUGAGCAAGAACUGAGCAAUGAAAACCAGGGAGCUUUUCAUUCACUGCUCUGGCUGAUUCAGAACAAAAGCACUAAAAGUUUGGAUGAUGAAAAAAAAGCAGAAGAAGAAGAAGAAGAAGGAGGAGGAGGAGGAGGAGGAGAAGAAAAAGUGACACUCCAACAAAGUAAUAAAGAUAAAGAAGAAAAUCAAACCCAACAAAUCAUAGAAGCUAAUGAAAAGAUGCAGUUUAAGAUGGAUGAUAGCAAAGGAAUUCCUGAACAUGAAUGGAAUAAAGAUAACCAUCAACUCCAACAUGACAUAAUGGAGGAUGGGAAACCUAGACUUCAAAAUAACAAAAGAAAUGAUGAAGAGAUGGAACAACAAAGCAAAACAAAGCAACUAAAUCUACAGGAUAAUGACAAAUCCAGGAACAAUAGUUGGGAUGGAGGUGUGAAAAAGAUUCACCAAAAGCCUGAAAUGGUGAAAUAUAAGAAGGUACCCAAACACAGCAGAAGGGAACAAACAAAGGAAAUGCCCCAACUUAAAAGAAAAAGUGAUUAUCAAAUGAUCACGCACCAAAGCAAAAGAUGUAAAGAUGAAAUGAUCUCCAAACACAUAAUCAAAGAUAUGGAAAAGAUUCCCUCGGACAACAGAAGGGGGUCUAAGCAAGAUUCACUCCAGGAUAACAGAAGGGACUCUAAGCAAGAGAAACCCAGGGAUAACAGAAGGGGCUUUAAACAAGAGAUACAUCAGGAUGAAAAAAGAGGCUCUGAGCAAGAGAUACCCCAGGAUAACAGAGGCAGAUCUAAGCAAAAAAUAAACCAUGGUAAGAGAAGGGGCUCUACACAUGAGAUACCCAAGGAUAACAUAAGGGUCUCUAAGCAAGCUAUAUCCCAGGAUAAUAGAUGGGGCUCUAAACGAGUUAUACCCCAGAAUAACAAAAGCGGCUCUAAGCAGGAGAUCCACCAGGAUAACAAAAGCGGCUCUAAGCAAAACAUACCUCAGGAUAACAGAAGGGGCUCUAACCAAGAGAUAUCUCAGGAUAACAGAAGGGGAUCUAAGCAAGAGUUACCCCAGGGUAACUGGGGUAAAAGGGACUUUAAGCAAGAGAUACACCUGGAUAACAAAAGAGGUUCUAAGCAAGAGAUAAACCAUGAAAACAGAAGGGGUACUAAGCAAGAGGUAUCCCAAGAUAAUAGAAGGGGCUUUAAGCUAGAGAUAUCACAGAAUAACAGAAGGGACUCUAAGAAAGAGAUACCACAGAAUAACAGAAUAUGCUCUAAGCAAGAGAUAAACCAUGAUAACAGAAAGGGUUCUAAGCAAGAGAUAUUCCAGGAUAACAGAGAGGGCUCUAAGCAAGAGAUAUCCCAGGAUAACAGAGAGGGCUCUAAGCAAGAGAUACCUCAGGAUAACAGAGAGGGCUCUAAGCAAGAGAUACUCCAGGAUAACAGAAGGGGUUCUAAGCAAGGGAUAUCCCAGGAUAACAGAAAAGGCUUUAAGCAAGAGAUACCCCAGAAUAACAGAAAAGAUUAUAAGCAAGUGAUACCUAAGGAUAACAGACAGGGUUUUAAGCAAAAUAUUAACCAUGAUAACAGAAGGGGCUCUAAGCAUGAGAUACCCAAGGAUAAUAGAAGGGGCUCUAAACAAGAAAUACCUCAGAAAAAUCAAAAAGGCUCUAAUCAAGAGAUACAUGAGGAUAACAAAAGAGGCUCUAAGAAACACAUACUGCAGAAUAACAGAAAAGGCUCCAACCAAGAGAUAUCCCAGGAUAGAAAAAGGGGCUCUAAGCAAGAGAAACCCCAGGAUGACAAAAGAAGAGGGGAUACGAAAUGGUUACUUCAAACUAACAAAAAAGCCGAAAAGAAACAGAUACAACAAAGCAGAAGGAAGACUAAGAAAAUAAUUCCCCUGUACACUAGAGGUGCUGAGGUGAUUAAAAAGACACAAGGACAACAGGUAGAAGGAAUAAACCUCAACUUGGGCAAAAAUCAACCAACCAAAGACAUUAGCGACUUUACAGAUGUCAAGGACAUAAAGAAGAGUGCUCAUACAUGCCAAGUAGGGAGACGUGGGCAGCCUCCUGAGGCAAGAGCAGUGUCCUCCAGACUGAACCGUAGAGAUGCUAGAGAAGAGGACGCAAGGCAGCAUGGGGAUGUUAGGAAAAUUAGGAGAAGCAAGAGUCUGGAAAGGUUUAUUGAAUUUUACAAUGCUGGAGAAGAGGACACAAGACAGUAUGGGGAUGUUAGGAAAAUUAGGAGAAGCAAGAGUCUGGAAAGGUUUAUUGAAUUUAACAGGAAAGAUGAGAAGACAGCAGUGAACAGAGAUCUCCCAAAAUUAUUUGAGCGGAGUCUAAAUAGUCAGAAAUCAACAAAAGGUUUCUGCCAUUUUCGUCCUGACCUGCUGAAAUUCACUUAUCUUUUACUGUUUUGCUAUAAGCAUUACUGCCUAUUACAUACAGAAAAAUCUCAAGUAUUGAUUUAAUACUUCUAUUUAAAGACAUUUGCAUCCAAUUGGACCUACUGUUUAUAAAAACUGUAUAGUAUUAAUUUAACACUCUGGGUGUUACAUUUACAUUUACAUUUAGACAUUUAACAGAUGCUCUUAUCCAGAGCGACUAACAAAAGUGCGUUGAAGUUUACAGCAUUGGAUAGAUCCUUACACUGGGUUACUAGGUUACUAACUAAGUGCAAUUAGUCAAACAAGGUUGGACUUUUGGAGGGUGGGGUGAGGGAAUUAACCCAAAUAUGGAAGAAAAUUAUGUUAAUUCACCAUUAAGUAUUUUGUUGUGUAUGUGUGUAGUGUGUUCUGUUUCUUUAUCUUUUUUAUUGUUUAUGUACGUUUAAAUGCAUUAUGUUUAUAUACUAAAUGUUUAUACUGUAUAAUACAUCUGCUGUUAGUCUGAAUAUUACUUAUACAAUUAUUAAUAUUAUAAUCCAGUAAACCUACUUUUAUUAUCUAGAUGCAGCAUUUGGGUUUGCGCGUUUGCUGGCUUCUACCACUGAGUGGCGCUAUAUAACUAUAGACUGACGCCUUGGGCAUCAGUUCAUUCUCUCAAGGAUUAAUGAGCCGCAGCUCCUUUAAAACUGCACGUAGUAGCGGAUAAAAUCAAGUGAAACAUUGUAGUUAAACAAAUUCAUAAUCACAGUAUUAAAAUUACAGUACAAUUGUGCUGUAGAAUUUAAAUUAAAUUAAAUCUUAUUAGGAUUGAAUUUAAGCAAAGUAAAUGUUAACACAGUGAGCCUUUAGAUUAUGUAAUGUCUAUGUCUAUUAUCAUGUAAUUAUAAAAGCUACGCAUGUAUGUUUUUCGUCAUCUUAUAUUUUGUGUUCUUUAAAUUUGUAGUAGAUUUGUUAACUGAAAUAAACGAAAAUAAAUUACCAUAAAAAUUUAAACAUUGUCAGGCCGUGCUACUGAAUCAGCAGAUGUCGAUGUGUUUUUGUGUUAUUAUAAGAAUUAAAUGCAGUAGGCUGUUAAGAUCAUCAUAAUCAGGAGCGUUUCUAGGAUUUUCAGUUAAGGGGGGCUCAGUCCCUAUAGAUGUUUAACACAUAUUUGGCUUGUUCAGAAUCAGCACUCAAAUGAGUCUUCUCGAUCACACACUCUUUUUAUUAUAUAAACUUUUUUCUAUGUACAGGUACAAUCAGAAAAAUGUAACCAGAAAACAGCAUAUAACUUUAAACUUACAUUAAUUAGCAAUAUAAACAACACACGUAUGAGGCUGGACAAUGAAAUAAACUGUGUG